AUGAGUACCGGCGAUUUUCUUGCAAAGGGUAUAGAUUUAGUACAAAAAGCCAUUGAUCUAGACAGCAGUACAAAAUAUGAAGAAGCCUAUACAGCAUAUUAUAAUGGUCUUGAUUAUUUGAUGCUGGCACUUAAAUAUGAAAAGAAUCCAAAAUCUAAAGAUCUUAUAAGGGCAAAAUUCAGUGAAUAUCUAAACCGUGCCGAACAAUUGAAAGAACAUUUGGAAAAGGAAACUCAAAAUAAUAAUAGUGGUAAUAAUGGUAGUGGAGAUAAAAGUAAUGAUGAUUCUACUGGGAAAAAAAUUUCAAAUAAUAAUGAUGAUGAAGCUGAAGAUAGUAAAAAGCUACGAGGAGCGUUGUCUGGUGCUAUUUUAAGUGAAAAACCUAACGUUAAAUGGGAAGAUGUUGCAGGUUUAGAAGGUGCCAAGGAGGCCCUAAAGGAAGCAGUAAUUUUACCUGUCAAAUUUCCACAUUUAUUUAAAGGUAAUCGUAAACCAACAUCAGGUAUAUUAUUAUAUGGUCCUCCAGGUACAGGUAAAUCAUAUUUGGCUAAAGCAGUUGCCACGGAGGCAAAUUCUACUUUUUUCAGUGUUAGUUCUAGUGAUUUAGUCUCCAAGUGGAUGGGUGAAUCUGAAAAAUUAGUUAAACAGUUAUUUGCGAUGGCCAGAGAAAAUAAACCAUCCAUUAUUUUUAUUGAUGAAGUAGAUGCCCUUACAGGUCAAAGAGGUGAAGGUGAAAGUGAAGCCAGUCGAAGAAUUAAAACAGAAUUAUUAGUCCAGAUGAACGGUGUUGGAAAUGACUCUCAAGGUGUUCUUGUACUGGGAGCUACUAAUAUCCCAUGGCAAUUAGAUAGUGCCAUUAGAAGAAGAUUCGAAAAGAGAAUAUACAUUCCGUUACCAGAUGUAGCUGCAAGAACAAAAAUGUUUGAAAUUAAUGUUGGAGAUACCCCGUGUACUCUUACUAAGGAAGAUUAUAGAUCCUUAGGUCAAAUGACAGAUGGUUAUUCUGGUAGUGAUAUUGCAGUAGCCGUAAAAGAUGCCCUAAUGCAACCUAUUAGAAAGAUCCAAGGUGCAACCCACUUUAAGAAUGUUUCGGAGGAUCCUGACAACAAAUUAUUUACACCAUGUUCCCCUGGUGAUUCAGAUGCAGAAGAAAUGAGUUGGGUAAGUAUAGAAGCUGAUGAAUUAAAAGAGCCUGAAUUAACCAUAAAAGAUUUCUUGAAGGCUAUUAAGACGACUAGACCAACUGUCAAUGAAGAAGAUUUACAUAAACAAGAAGAAUUCACAAGAGACUUCGGUCAAGAAGGUAACUGA